GAGGAACAGAAUGCUGGACUGGGAUUGAAGAUUUAUAAAGGAUUAUGGGAUUAUACAUUGAAGAGCCAGCAGGCGGAAUGCCUGAGUGACUGAAGAAAAUGGGUGCUAAUGCAUCUAACUACCCUCACUCGUGUUCCCCAAGGGUAGGGGGAAAUUCACAGGCACAACAGACAUUUAUAGGGACGUCAUCCUAUUCUCAUCAAGGUUAUGGCUGCGAAUCAAAGCUGUAUAGCCUUGACCAUGGCCAUGAGAAACCUCAAGACAAGAAAAAGAAAACCUCUGGCCUUGCCACCCUCAAAAAGAAAUUUAUUAAGCGUCGGAAAUCUAGCCGAUCUGCUGAUCAUGCCAAGCAGAUGCGUGAACUCCUCUCAGGCUGGGAUGUCAGAGAUGUUAAUGCGUUAGUAGAAGAAUAUGAAGGGACGUCAGCCUUAAAGGAACUUUAUCUACAAGCUAAUUUGGCAAGACCAGAAGCGAAGACGCUACAAAAAGACAUGGCUGAACUUUAUCAGUACAAAUAUUGUACCGAUGUAGACUUAAUAUUUCAAGAAACUUGUUUUCCUGUGCAUCGUGCGAUAUUGGCGGCAAGAUGUCCUUUUUUUAAGACGCUGCUUUCUUCCUCACCGGAGUAUGGGGCAGAAAUAAUAAUGGAUAUUAACACAGCUGGCAUAGAUAUGCCUAUGUUUUCUGCUUUGUUACACUACCUUUAUACAGGCGAGUUUGGAAUGGAGGAUUCAAGAUUCCAAAACGUUGACAUCCUUGUGCAGCUUAGUGAAGAAUUUGGAACACCAAAUUCCUUAGAUGUUGAUAUGCGUGCACUGUUUGAUUACAUGUGCUACUACGAUGUGGUUCUUAGCUUUUCAUCCAACUCUGACUUGGUUGAAACUUUUGGUGGAAGUCAGAACUGUCUAGAUGAAGAGCUCAGAGCUCACAAAGCUAUUAUUUCGUCACGAUCUCCAUUUUUUCGUCACUUGCUGCAGAGGAGGAUACGAACUGGUGAAGAAAUCACAGACCGAACUCUACGAACUCCAACUAGAAUUAUAUUGGAUGAAUCUAUCAUACCAAAAAAAUAUGCUAAGGUCAUUUUGAACUGUAUGUAUACAGAUGUGGUGGACCUCUCAGUUUUGCACUCCAGCCCUUCGGUGGGCAGUUUAAGUGAAGUUCAGGCUCUUGUAGCAGGAAAACUAAACAUGACUAGGGCUGAAGAAGCUAUGGAGCUUUAUCACAUAGCACUGUUCUUGGAGUUUAACAUGCUUGCACAAGGCUGUGAAGAUAUUAUUGCCGAGAGCAUCUCACUAGACACCUUAAUUGCCAUUCUGAAGUGGAGCUCUCAGCCGUACGGUUCCAAGUGGGUACAUCGUCAAGCACUACAUUUCCUCUGUGAGGAGUUUACCCAGGUCAUGACUUCAGAUGUCUUCUAUGAACUCAGCAAGGACCACCUGCUCACAGCUAUUCAGUCUGACUAUUUACAGGCAAGCGAACAAGAUAUUCUUAAAUAUCUGAUUAAAUGGGGAGAACACCAGUUGAUGAAAAGAAUAGCAGAUCGAGAGCCUAAUUUACUGAGUGGUACUGCUCACAGUGUGAACAAAAGAGGUGUGAAGAGGAGAGAUCUUGACAUUGAGGAGCUGAGAGAGAUCCUGUCUCCGCUUCUACCUUUUGUCCGCAUUGAGCACAUCUUACCCAUGAAUAGUGAAGUACUCAGUGAUGCAAUGAAGAGAGGCCUGAUUAGUACUCCUCCUUCAGACAUGCUACCAACAUCAGAAGGUGGAAAGUCAAAUGCCUGGCUGCGGCAAAAAAAUGCUGGAAUAUAUGUGCGGCCAAGACUGUUCUCACCAUAUGUGGAGGAGGCUAAGACUUACAAGAUUGAUCAUCAGGCUCAAGUCUCUAGAACUGGUCAGAAAAAUUUCAACAAAAUUUUUUUUGUCGAAAUUGAAAUGUUUGCGAGACAGAUCUUGAUGAAAUUCCACCGGAAACAAAGCAGCGUUCUGAGGGAAACCUCCCUGGUUUCCAGCCAGUUUGCCGGCCCAGCUCCUCGGCAGCCCACCUGGCAGGCGGAUGGCAAGUCGGUACUGGAUGAGAUGAUGGUGGAACAGACUGAUCUCGUUCGUUUGCGGAUGGUCCGAAUGUCCAAUGUGCCCGACACCCUUUACAUGGUAAACAACGCAGUGCCGCAGUGCUGUCAUAUGAUUACCCACCAGCAAGUUAGCACUAACCAGUCCAGUCCUCCUUCGGUUAUAGCCAAUGAGAUCCCAGUUCCCAAUCUCCUCAUUGUCAAAGAGAUGAUCAAACGGCUGCAGGAGCUACGUCAUACUGAGCAGGUGCAAAGAGCGUAUGCUCUCAAUUGUGGAGAAGGCGCCACAGUCAGUUAUGAGAUUCAGAUUCGUGUGCUGCGGGAAUUUGGACUUUCUGAUGCUGCUGCUGAACUUCUGCAGAAUCCUCACAAAUUCUUUCCUGAUGAGCGAUUUGGGGACGAAAGCCCACUCCUGACAAUGAGACAGUCUGGACGAUGUCGUGUUAACAGCACUCCCACUGCAGAAACCAUGUUUACAGAACUGGACUCUUUUGUGGCCUUCCAUCCACCAUUGCCCCCUCCUCCACCUCCAUACCACCCACCAGCAACUCCCAUUCAUAACCAGUUCAAAGUGGGCUGGACACAAAGGGUGCCAAGUCAACAUCCCUCCCGUUCCUUUUCUUACCCGUGUAAUCACUCACUGUUCCACUCCCGAACCGCUCCCAAAGCGGCACCGCCUGUCUACAUGCCCAGCGUUAAAGCAGCACCUCCGGAUUGCACUAACACUACAGGUCUGGGGAGGCAAACGGUGGCAGCGGCAGCAGCAGUGAUGGCAGCUGAGAAGCAAGUAUGUACUCAGCCGUUGCUAAAUGAACUGAUGCCAGAUAUCGCAAUGGGUGUGUCAGCAAUGUCUUUAAAAGACAGAAGAUUACCAGAGCUCACUGUCGACACAGAAUUAAGCCAGACGGUUACAGAGGUAGGGCCUGGUCCACCCCAGCACAUUUCAUGUAUUCAGAACAGACACAUGCCCACUUCUCGAAAGAAACAUGCAAUAGAGCAAAAAAUAGAUGUUCGAGAAAAUCAGAAGGAAUAUCCUGACAGGCACAGCCCUUCGCCUUCACAAGGCAUAUAUUUUGGCCCAGAUUUGUAUAGCCACAAUAAGGCAUCACCAAGUGGCUUAAAGUCAGCCUACCUACCUUCCCAGAUAUCUCCUAAAAAGCAAGAGGAUUCUAGGAGGGAAUACCUGCUCUCCCAAGAUGGGCAUCAACACAGACAAAAGAAUGAGCCAAUACACCUCGAUGUCUUAGAACAACCUCCCCAGCGACUGGACUUGGCGUUGGCUACCCAGGAAAAUGCUGGUAAUGGCCCAGUUCACAUCAGGGGAAGAACAAAAAUGGAAACCGAUUUAACCUAUGGGCUAACCUCCAACAGACCUUCGCUCUCUGCAUACACUUCUGAAAUGCAAGAAGAGAGGCCCACUAGGAGACUGGCAGACGAUGAGCCAUUGGAACAUGGAGCACAGAGAAAUUCAGAUUUGGAAAGGGAAGAUGCAGUAAGCAGAGGAAGGAGGUCUCCAAACAAACCAGACUUCCUGUAUAAAAAAUCUGCCCUAUGAAAGCAACCUCCACUAUUUCUCUGUGCCUAAGAGUUGUAAACAUCCCAUUCUUUGCAACUUUUGGCCUGACUUCUGUCAGACAAAUCCAUUCAUGCCAGCGGAUAAAUUCAGCUUCAUUCACUUCUUUUGUACAUACAUUGCUUUAGUAGAGACAGCAU